GCGACUCUGCUAACAACAUUUUUACUUUUUACUUAGUGAGAAGUAAAGACAGUAAAAGGUUGCAAUGCACAAAGAAAGUUAAAAGUGUAAAGGUACAGUGAUGACCCUAACUUGUUGAACGUGGUUUUUGUUAUCUGAAAUAAAGUGAUGUUUUUUAUCAAAGAACGCUGUUAUCCUUUUUCGAUUUUUUCCCGGUAAUCUAUUUUGAAAUGUUCAUUGAAGAAGACAGCUGAUUUAAUCACAAGAGUACGAUACGUUUUUUAUAACAGCCAAUGCAAUAAGGAAUAAUUAAAUGGUCAGAUUAGUAAAUAUAUGAGUAAGAAAAUAUGAUUAAUUUUACUAAGCAAAAUGAUUCGAUUGCAGAAUAAUGCAUUUCGAAGUAAAGUUAAUCAAAUAUGGGUAAUAACAGUAGCCGUUCUGAAAUAAUAACAAAAUCAUUGUCCCAUGCCGAACAUCAAUGGAGAAAUUCAACCCCUAGACAACUGCCACAACUCCAACAUAAAGUUUUACCCGAAAAAAACGUCGAUACCAGAUUACGUCCUACAGAUAAUGGUGAAAUUCUUCACAAUGGUGGAACUUUAAGUAAAAAGACAAAUAUUGUUUUAGCCAACGGAAGAAAAGACAUUGAAAUAUGCAGGUCAAACAGUAUUUCCUCUCAUUCAUCUGAAAAAUACAAUAAAAUUGAGAAACACAGAUCAUUUCUUAGUUACCAUGAAGAUCUGGGACCUAAAAGGGUGUCACAUGUGCAGAUGAGACAAAAUAGUGAAAAUAUUAGUAAACAAAGUUCACAUGUUUGUUCAGCUAUGGACAUAAGAGACAAAUAUAAAAACAGAAAAAAGUAUAGGGCGCCUUCUCCGCCAAUCAAUGUAAUAUCGGAUACAAAAAAAGUUGACGAUAAUAUGCCAGAUUUGGCGGAAAAGUCGGGCAUUAGAAGAUCUCGUCUUUUCAAAACACAGGCAGAGUUAAAGACCAAAAAAUCUAGUCCAUUAUCAAUUGAAGAAACGAAUAUGACAGGAUAUAUAAACGAAAACAAAUACACCAAAUGCAACAAACCUUCUUUGCCUAAUUUACAAAGGGCAAGAAGUAUGCCAGAAUUACAAAUAGAAAUAGAAGAAAUUAAAGAAAGAAUAAGGCAGAUGAAGAAAUUUGAUCCAGAAAAAGAAACUCAACCAGUAUCACCGAACAUUAAACUAGACGAUGAGAAAACAACGCAUAACAAGGUCGAAAGAUUAAAAGGUUCUUUAGACCGUAAUAAUCCAGAAAGGGGAAGUACACAAAACAAAAACGUUUUAUCAAAAUCGACCCAGUUACAAAAGUCUUCAAGUAAUGAUGAAACGCAUACUAAGCAAAUACCAAAGAGGACUUUUUAUUUUGGAAUGAAGGAAUCCAGCGAAAAUACCACCGCUACGAACUUUCGCAACAGGAAGCAUUCUUUAUCGGAUUCCUCACGUUCAGAUUCUUCUUGCGAAAUAAUUGCAUCAAAAGAUGAAUCAAAGGACGGAAUUGCGCUCCAUCUGAGGCCCAUACUUCCAAAGAAACAGCUGGAGAUUCCUCGGUUCUCUCCUUCUACAGCAUGGAAGAUGCUUUCUACUGUCGAAAAUCAAACCGUGAAUACCUUAUCUGGAGAAGAAAACUCAUUUCUUGUCGAGGAAAAAAUUAGGAAACGUCCCAGGUAUCCCCCGCCACCUCCACCAAUUGUACAAAUUGGUUCUCGUUCAAAUAACGAUAAAUCUGGCGAUUCGGGGAUAUCGGGAGAUGCUGGACCGCCAGCGUAUGACGAUUCUCCAGAAGUCGACGAUUCAAGAAACGAACUAAUGUUACCCAUAAUGUUAAGUGAAUCCCAACUGACUUCCUGGACUCCCCAACAAGAUCUCCAGGAAGACAGUAGCGAAGAAGAAACCAACAGUAAAAUUUUAUUCCAACCAAUAAGUUCAGCAAAUGACAUACAGUCCCGUAGAAAUGUAUUUAGCCUUUCUCUCCCCAGGGACAACCGUUUCGCGACGUAUAUUGAUAACAAAGAUAUUCACGUCAAUUCUAGUCUUCAAAGAUUCAAAAAUUCUGUUGUUGGAGUUUUGAGUACGUUUAAUAAUAAGAAAGACGUAAAUGAUAACAAUUUUCAAAAUCAAAAUAGCAACUGGUUCCUCAGCAAAUCGGUUCCGAAUUCUCUGAACAAUAACGGUUUCCGUUCCCUUGAUUUCCAAAAUUUUAAAAAAGACGAAGAGUCCAAAUUCAUAAACAGCAAACAGAAUAUCGGAAGGCUCAUGUAUUUGCCAGAGCAAAAGAACCAUUUUAGGCAUAGCAGCCGCGAAGACAAAAACUGCCUUAUCGAUUAUCGAAGAAAAAGUUCAAAUUUGGGCGAAUCAAAAAUUAACUCAUACCUUUCUAAAUCAACAGAAAACAUUUCGCACAAAAUAAAUAAUAAUGAACGCUCGCAAAGUACAGAUGAAAAUAAAUUAAAUAAAUCAAAAAGAUUCACAUUCCAAAGUACAAUCAGGCAAAUCGAAAGGAGGAGAUUGGCCGAAAAAUUAUCGAAAGAAGCGGAAAUAAAAGAAAAGCAAAGACUUAGCGAAUUUGAGGCUAUGCAAAGGGUAGAAAGAGAGUUUCAACAAAAACGAGCAAGGGAAAAGGCAAAUAUAAAACAGAAAUUACGUCUAUUUUCCUUUGAGGAAGCGAAUUAUUUCAGUUUACCAUACGAAGCCAACUUUACAAACGACUUAUCAGUCAGACCUGAACCUGAUGGAGCAUUAUCGUCUGCAAAAUCUUCUCCUAACGCAAAUAAGUCUUUCUCAGCAAAAAAAUACUACGACGUUAAAUGUAACUUAAUAAGAAAUGAAAAUAGAUCUAGUCUUCAUGAAUCUGAAGAUAAUGUAAUAAAAGCUCAAGCAACAGAAAUUUUAUCAGAAUACAGACAAAUGACAAGAGAAUAUAAGGAUUUCCGUAGUAGUCAUUAUUUUAAUGAUAUUAAUGAAAAUAAUAUUAUUAAACCAACCACAGUAUAUCCACAAAUUACUUAUAAUAUGCCAAAAGCAUUUGGAUAUCAGAAUUCAUAAUAUAUAUUUCUAUUAAUUUCGUUAUUCAUCCUGUAUAUAUUAACCAUUAUGUACCUUUUGUUGUUAAAAUUGAAAAUAAUUAUUACUGACUGAUAUUAUUAAUGUA